AUGAAAACCCUCCCAUUAUUGCUACUUGCUGUGACAGCAUGCUUUGGAGAAGAUAAACCAGCAACAGAAUCGGUUCUCUAUCCUUAUGGAUUAUCAGUUGGGGAUAAAGAAACUCCAAGAAAAGAUGAUGGUGCAUCUAAUCGACUUACUAUCUCGGUUCCAUUUACAUUUUUUGGAAAAACACAUAAUUCUCUCUUUGUAAACAAUAAUGGCGUGAUUUCAUUUGGUAUUGCUGUUUCACAGUACACACCUAAUGCCUUUCCACUAUCAAAUGGAAGUCCUUUUGUUGCCCCAUAUUGGGGGGAUGUGAACAAUGAAAGAGGGGGCACUGUCUAUUACCGGGAAAGCACAGAUCCAAAACUUUUAAAGAGAAUAACAGAUGAUUUGAAUAAAUAUUUCCCAAACCUUCAUUUCAAGGCAACAUGGGCAUUUGUGGGCACAUGGGAUAACGUAGCCUACUUUGGUACGAGAUCAAAAAAGACAAACACUUUCCAAGCUGUUCUUGCUACUGAUUCCAAGAGAUCCUUUAUUAUACUGAACUAUGGAAAGAUUACUUGGACAACUGGCACAGCUAGUGGUGGAAAUUCAUUAACGGGAUUAGGUGGCAUAGCAGCACAGGCUGGUUUUAACAGUGGUGAUAAGACCCAUUACUUUAACAUUCCUGGCUCCAGAACAUCUGAUGUUAUUAAUAUUGGAAAAACAACCAAUGUGAACACUCCAGGGCGUUGGGUUUUCCAGGUUGAUCAGUUUAAGGCUCCUGGGGGUUGUGUAUAUGAAGCUAAUUUUGUGAGAUACAAUGAAACCUUUUGGAAAGAUGAAACCUGUGAGAAAAAAUGUCUGUGCCAAACGGAUGGAGAAGUUGUAUGUAAUGAAGAAAUAUGCCCAGGGUCUCAAGUGUGUCAGCCUUCAGCCUGGCAUUUUACCUGCCAGAUCAACUUUGGCACCUGCUUUUGAACCCAUAUAGUAACUAUCCACUAGAGAAGGCACAAAUAAUAUCCUCUGAUUCAUUUUGCUUAUAGAAAAUGAAUGUUCCUAACAUAAAGGUAUAAUGAAUACUAAAUAUAGUAAACUUGUAAAGACUGCGUGUUUGGUGGUACAUCUGCAGUAUGCAUUUGUUUUUCUAUGUGUACUUGUAAACAAAACAUAAUAAACAACGUAUAACUAUU